UACUCUUUAUUUCACAGAGGGAGCACAGAAGCUGCAAGAAGGGCAGUGGCAUGUAACGGCAGAAAGUUCACAGCCAUUUGGUUUUGUACAAGAGGAGCAAACAGAAGAGGAUGAGAAAAGUUUAAAGGCACAUAAGGAAGGCAAUCCUUGGAAACAGAGAGAAAUGAAUGGGCAUACAGCGGUGCCACAUUCCUACGACUAUGAUCUCAUUGUCAUUGGUGGGGGUUCUGGUGGUCUGGCAGCUGCCAAGGAGGCUGCCAAAUAUGAAAAGAAAGUGAUGGUGCUGGACUUUGUCACGCCUACACCUCUGGGAAACUCAUGGGGUCUUGGAGGAACAUGUGUAAAUGUGGGCUGUAUACCUAAAAAAUUGAUGCACCAAGCAGCUUUACUGGGACAAGCCUUGCAAGAUUCACGUAAAUUUGGAUGGCAGUUCUCAGAAGAAGUCAAACACAACUGGAUGACUAUGACAGAAUCUGUUCAGAAUCACAUUGGUUCACUGAACUGGGGCUAUCGGGUUGCACUGAGAGAGAAAAAAAUCACAUACGAGAAUGCAUAUGGAGAAUUUGUUGGGCCACACACAGUUAAGGCAACAAAUAAAAGAGGAGUUGAGAAGCUGUACACAGCUGAGAGAUUUCUCAUUGCCACUGGUGAACGACCACGAUACCUGGGUAUACCUGGAGACAAAGAAUACUGCAUUAGCAGUGAUGAUCUUUUCUCUCUGCCUUACUGUCCAGGGAAAACCCUGGUGGUUGGAGCCUCCUAUGUUGCCUUGGAAUGUGCAGGAUUCCUUGCCGGUAUUGGAUUGGAUGUCACUGUAAUGGUGAGAUCCAUUCUCUUAAGAGGAUUUGACCAGGAUAUUGCAAACAAAAUUGGUGAAUAUAUGGAAGGACAUGGAAUCAACUUUAUUAGGGAGUUUGUGCCCAUUAAGGUUGAGCAGAUUGAGGAAGGAACUCCUGGAGUAUUGAAAGUUACAUCCAAGUCCACAAAGGGGAAUGAAAUAAUUGAAGGGGAAUACAAUACUGUGCUGCUAGCAAUUGGAAGAGAUGCAUGCACAAGGAAAAUUGGUUUGGACAAGGUUGGAGUGAUUAUCAAUGGAAAAACAGGAAAAAUUCCUGUCAACGAUGAGGAGCAAACAAACGUGCCGUAUAUCUAUGCAAUUGGAGAUAUACUGCAGGACAAGCUGGAGCUCACACCAGUGGCAAUCCAGGCAGGAAGGUUGUUAGUUCGAAGGCUUUAUGCUGGAGCAACCACUAAGUGUGACUAUGUGAAUGUUCCAACUACUGUGUUCACUCCUUUGGAGUAUGGAGCCUGUGGGUAUUCUGAAGAGGCUGCGGUGGAGAAGUUUGGGGAGGAAAACAUUGAGGUGUACCAUAGUCACUUCUGGCCACUGGAAUGGACUGUUCCGUCCAGAGACAACAACAAAUGCUACGCAAAGAUAAUCUGCAAUAUUCAAGAUCAUGAGAGAGUCAUUGGUUUCCAUGUCCUUGGUCCAAAUGCUGGAGAAGUGACCCAAGGGUUUGCAGCUGCUAUGAAAUGUGGGAUCACAAAAGAACAGCUGGACAGCACUAUAGGAAUUCAUCCCGUGUGUGCAGAGAUAUUCACCACCCUGACCGUGACUAAGCGAUCUGGUGAAAAUACCCUUUUGUCUGGAUGCUGAGGUUAAAGACCUCCCAUUCUUGUUACUGCCAGAGACUGGCUUUCAUCG